GAGAGAGAGGGGUAACUCGUGAAGGCUGCUUCGGUAGAAGAGACAUGAGAAGCAGGGAAUGCCUGUCCAACCUAUUUGCAUCCUGCAUCGAGGCCAACUCCAUAGCUCAGCUCCACUCCCUUCUCCUGCGCUCCGGUCUUCUCGCCGCCGUAGACUGCUUCUUCGCCACCCGUCUCGCCUCUGCGUACUCGAAACUCCGUCACGUCCAAGACGCCCGCAAGAUUUUCGACGAAAUCCCUCACCCAAACACUUUCCUAUACAACGCCGUGCUGCGAGCCCACCUCGGUGCUCGUCAGUUGCCACAGACGCUCCACCUCUUCCGCCGCAUGACCGCGGUGACGUCCUUGUCUGACCGCCCAGACAACUUCACGUUGUCUAUUGUGCUCAGAGCGUGCGCCGGACUUUCAGCACUCCGGCAUGGCCAAGCCAUCCAUGGCCUCGUGGUCAAGAUGCAACAGGCCUGCUCUGAUUUGUUCGUCGGUUCAUCUCUUGCGGAGAUGUAUUCCAAGUGUGGGGAGAUGGGCGACGCUGUCGCAGUGUUAGACGGGUUUCCUGAUCCGGACGUCGUGCUUCGGACUUCAGUGAUCACCGGAUAUCAGCAGAAUGGCAACGCUGAAGAGGCUGUAUCGUUCUUUUCCAGGAUGCUGGUGGGAGAAGGUGUGGCUCCUGUUCCUGUCACCCUGAUCAGCGUGGUUUCUGCAAUCGGGCAAUUGGGGGAUCUUCGGUCUGGGAAAUCUUGCCAUGGGUUUUUGGUUCGAAUGGGCUUCCAAUAUGCCUUGUCGCUGGCGAAUUCCGUCUUGAACAUGUACGCAAAGUUGGGCGAGAUUAGAAUGACGAGGAAGCUGUUCGACAUGAUGCCCGAGAGAGAUGUCAUCACAUGGAGUUGUAUGAUUUCAUGUUAUUCUCAAAACGGGAAUGCCGUGGAAGCUCUGGAUGUUUACAAGAGGAUGAUCGAGGUAGGAGUAGAACCCAAUUCCAUCACUUUGGUUAGCGUGCUUCGAGCGUGCACGCUGGCUCUCGAUCUUGGUGAAGGAAGAAAAGUUCAUGAGUAUGCAACUCAAAGAGGAUACGACUCAGAGCUGGUUGUUUCCACUGCUCUUGUUGACAUGUACAUGAAGUGUUCAUGUUAUACCGAAGCAAUAGAUAUCUUCUAUGGAAUGCCGAAGAAAGAUGUGGUCUCGUGGGCUGCUGUCAUAGGUGGCUAUGCCAAAAAUGGUAUGGCCAAUGAGGCACUGAAAGUGUUCCAGGACAUGUUAUCGGAUGGACCUAAUCCUGAUGCCGUCACAAUGGUGAAGGUCCUGACAGCAAGUUCGCUGUUGGGAGUUCUACGCCAAGCUGUUUGUCUCCAUUGCUACUUGAUCAAAAGUGGUUUCGACAAUAAGGUCUUCGUUGGUGCAGCGCUCGUAGAUUUGUACUCCAAGUCUGGCAGCUUGGGUAAUGCUGUCCAAGUGUUCGAAACAGUGAGUGAGAAGGAUGCGGUGCUCUGGAGUUCUAUGAUAGCUGCAUAUGGAAUGCACGGUCUUGGAACGAAGGCAAUUGCGACGUUUGAGCGUAUGAUUCAGUCAUCGAUUACACCCAGUGCUGUCACAUUCAUGACGUUAUUGUCUGCCUGCAGCCAUGCUGGUUUGGUUGAGCAAGGGAGAAGGAUAUUUGAUAGCAUGAGCCGUGUUUACGGGGUCACACCUACUUCAGAGCAUUGCGGUAUCAUGGUUGAUCUCCUCGGGCGAACUGGAGAGUUGGAAGAAGCCUUCAGGCUCAUUGAACGCAUGCCAGGCCCUGUUGACCCUCACGUUUGGUGUGCAUUGCUUGCUGGUUGUGCAAUCCACCACGACAUCGACAUGGGAGAGAUGGCAGCACGGAUCCUACUAAAACAAGAGGCCGAGCAUGCUGGAUACUAUAACCUUCUCUCGAAUAUCUAUGCUUUUGAUGGGAAGUGGGAUCAAAUGGUGGGGGUUAAGAAACUGAUGAUGGACAGAGGGUUAAGGAAAACACCAGCAUAUAGUUCAGUUGAGGUGAAUAAUGAGGUUCACGCUUUCUUAGCUGGUGAGGGGCUCCAUCAAGGAUAGGAGAGGAUCUGCAGAUUAUUGAGAGAAUUGACAGUGAAGACGAGGGAGGAAGGUUAUUUUCCUGAAAGACACAUUCCAAGCAGAAUCCACAAUAAGAUCAUUAAGCGUCUCAACAUUGCAAAACGUCGAGAGGAUAUAAGUCGAAGAGCCAUUGCCAAUAUGCUGGAAAACCCCCUUCAGGAAGAUGCUCAAAGGCAUCGAGGAAAAGCUCCCAACGACAGCUAG